AUGAGCGUCCCUUUGUCAUCAUACCAACCCCCGCCUUCCCAUCUAACAGUCGAUCGUCAUGGACUUCUGAUCGUUGCAGGCGCUGCUAGUAUUUCCCUUUUCGCAACUCUUUUUCUCCUCCUCUAUGUAACUGUUUUGUCAAUAGUCUCCAAGAAGCCCGGCUGCACGUGGGCUUCGCCCCGGCUGGUCUUCAUGCAAACCUCUUUCGGACCAAUUUUCCUCAACCUCGUUUUUGCUGAUAUGCUCCUGGCAAUUGGACUCAUGCACAAUUUCAUCAAUUCCAACGAGCGGGGCGCAGUUACGGCAUCUAUAACUUGCACCUCUCAAGGAGUAUUGAUUCAAUUGGCCGACGUGGCCUCCGCUCUACUGAAUUUGCUUAUAGCCAUCGAAACAUUCAUAAUUCUCUCAAACGGACCCAUGCUCAGCUGCCUUGAACUGCACUCUUUUUACAACUGGAAUGGAGCUUGGUGCUGGAUUAGUCCUGAUUAUUUGACGUAUCAAAUCACUUUUCAUAACGUCUGGAUCUGGCUAGCCGCAACAGGACUGGUUGCGCUGUACGGAACUCUCUUCAGCAGAAUACGAACCCACUACAAGGGAGAGGGACACAUCCUCCGGCGCUCUUCUAUUGUGAUCCCGGCACCUAGUACACCCUCCACGAUAAGCAGUAUGUCCGGCUCACAAAACCACCUCAGCAAAGCGGCCAAGGGCCAGAGAGUAGGAAGUAAAGGCCUCCGUGUGGUCGCCAGAACCAUGCUGGUGUAUCCUAUCAGCUUCGUGGCCUAUUCUAUCCCGCUCACAGUCAUCUCACUAAUCGAAAACCACCGACAUGCAACAUUAAGUCCGGUUUUGGCCCUCGUCCUCAGCACCCUUUUUGCUUUACGUGGGGCAAUCGACGUCUUGGCCUUUGGAAUGACGAGAAAUGUGUUCAUUUUGAGGACCCCGCCGACUCCCGCAUACGAUGAAGAGCAAUUAACCCCAACCUCACCCAACAGCAUCCACAAACCGAGGCAGAUUUCUCUAGAUCUUGACAAAAUGAAUGAUCUCAAAGAGUCCUCGACAGACUUGGGUGACUCGCAACGCUUCCAUCCAACAGUCGACGUCAAAUUCUCCCACCGCUAA